CCACUGGUCCUCAGAGGUACUCUCUACUACCUACUUCUCAAGCAGUGAUACUAACUAUGCUAACAAAGGCAUAUUCAACCUCCGCCUCGUUCGUCCCCCAGUUAGCCUCUACCGUCCUCUCAUACCUGAACCCGCAACCCACAGAUCGUGUCUUGGACGUAGGCUGCGGUGAUGGCAAGUUCACUGCCCGCUUUCUCCCUGCCGUGGGCGAGGUGGUGGGCGUCGAUUCCUCGCCGAGUAUGAUCCAGUCCGCGACCAAGGAAUACGCUGGUCCCCGAGCGGAAUUCAAAGUCGUCGAUUGUCGGUUUCUUGAUGAGCAGGGUUUUACCGGAUUUGAUAAAGUUAUAUCUAAUGCUGCCCUGCAUUGGAUCCUCCGAGAUGAAUCAACCCGCAUGUCUACCCUGCGUGCAUGCUACUCGGCACUCAACCCAGGUGGCAGCUUUGUCUUUGAGAUGGGUGGUCACGGCAACAUCGACGAGAUGGUGGCGGCGCUACUGGCCGUGCUGGUCGGGCAACAGGGCAUCUCCAUCGAGAAAGCGAGAGAGGCGUGUCCCUGGUUCUUCCCAUCAGAGAAGUGGAUGCAACAGGCCCUCGAGGAGAUCGGCUUCGAAGUCGUCAAGCUGGAGACCGAGUUCCGUCCUACCCGGCUGACGGACGACGCGGCUGGCGGCCUGGCUGGCUGGGUAAGGCUGAUGGGCGCCCAGUUCCUGGACUUGCUGCCGGAUGCCAAACGCGAGGAGGCCGUUCAGCAGGUCUGUGCUGUGCUGCAGACCGUCGUCACUAGGAUCGAGGAUGGGAGUCAGUAUUUGAAUUACGUGCGCUUGAGGGGAGUCGCUAGGAGGGUCUAAUAUUAAUAAUAGCCAAUUAACCCGAAAUUUUGUUAUACAUCAAUCUAUAUAUCUAUACAUAUGGUUGAUUAUCAAUUAUGAAUGUCUACGCC